CUGUGGCACUAAUCACCCCUCAUACAGAAACAGGCGUCAUCGCUGAUGCGGCGAAUUUCCCCUUUUUUCUGCCAUUUAAAGCUCAGCUCUGGCUGAUUCUCUGUAAACCAAAAAACAAAUAUAACGGCGUUGGUUACACAAAAUGACGCUUUAUUUUGUGAGAAUAAGAGAAUACUAAAAGACGGGGAGUUGCAUGAUUUUAAAUGGGAAAUCUGUUGAGUACCUGGCGCUUGAAGGAGCCGAGCACCGUGGAGGAAUGCGACUCAACGUGGGGGUCGGAUUCAGAAAGCGACGAGCCGGCGGCCGAAGAGGACAACGUCAACCCGGCGAACAGCACCCGAGCCCGGGCAGACACUGGAGACACGUCCCCGCAGCUGACUAACUCCCCAGAAUCUGUUCCAAGGCUGAAGAGGAGCUUCUAUGCUGCCAGGGACCUCUACAAGUACCGUCACAGCUACCCGAAUUACAAGUCCAGGCAGCCCAAUGAGUAUCGUAACCUACGCUUCUACUUGAACAAGAUCCCUCUUGUACCAGAAGGUAUCUUUAUAGAAGAGAUUCUGAGUAAGUGGAGGGGUGAUUACGACAAGCUGGAGCACAAUCACACGUACAUUCAGUGGCUGUUUCCAUUGAGAGAACAAGGGCUCAAUUUCUACGCACAUGAACUGACUCAGGAUGAGAUAAAAGAAUUCCAAAACACUCGUGAAGCAAAGCGUAGAUUUGUGGCAGCCUAUUCUCUGAUGUUGGACUUCUAUGGCGUCAAGCUUCUGGGAAAGACCGGCAACGUUGUCCGAGCUUCCAACUGGCAAGAGCGCUUCCAGCACCUUAAUGAGUCCCAGCACAACUACCUGAGAAUAACUCGCAUCUUGAAGUCCUUGGGCGAGCUUGGCUACGAGGCCUUCAAAGCCCCUCUGGUUCGCCUUUUCUUGGAAGAAUCUUUAUGUCACAACACCAUUCCUAAUAUGCAACACAGCAUCCUUGAAUACUACGUCUACACAAUUCGCUUGCCGGCCACCCGCAGAAGGCUUCUCCGUUAUGCCCAACAGCACUACAGGCCUGCCCAUGCCUUCCUCUGGGGUCCACCACCCAAGUGGCAUGGUGCUGAAGGCAGUACUGCUGGAAGUAGCGGGAUCCGAGCUCCUGCUCCGACACCAGAGCAUCACAGCAUGGGGGGGGAAAGUGCCAACUCUACCUCUGAAAGUGGUGCAGUUGUGAUUUCUGCCCAUGAUGCCCUGCUAUAUCAGCACUUGGCUGGAGGAGGGCUUCAUGAGUACAUGGAGCACAGCUCCAACAUGGCUGCACUGGAGGGAAUGUUGAUGGUGACAAGCGAAUGGGAAGAAAAGAGCAAGUGCAAUGAGGUUGUUCCUUUGUAGGGAUACUGUGUUUGAAAUAUGGUUCAGUUGAGCAGGAUUUUUUUAAUGGCUUUUUAGGAAUUUUAACCAAUCAAGUUCUUAAAAAUAAUAGUUCAGUUCAUAAUGUAUAUCAGAGCUUUGUUAUAGAACCUACAGGACUUGGGCAACCAGGAUUAACCACAGUAACAGUGAAACACACAAAGAUGUGAAAUGUGAUCAGUUUGUGUUGUUGAAAAUAAUUCAGGUUAAGGGCUUAACAUAAUUAAUUCGAAGAUUAAUCUACGUUUAGCAACAUGGGGUGAAAUUGUAGAGGUUGUAUCUUGAGGAAAGCUAUCCACUGUUACCUUAGAGAGGGUCCCAAAACCUUUUCAAUAAGUAGGGAUCCAGCAGUGCGGUGCAAAGUAUUUCCUCAUCAGGGCUAAGAACAACUACAAAGCAUUGCCUUAUUUAACAUCAGUAUGAAAACUGGUUCAUGGUGAAGACCAUUUUAGGGUGUGUUCACACCUAACAUAUUUGGACCCUGUUACCUUUUCCACCUAUAGUAUGUAUAUUUUGUCUGGAAUUGCAUUUGGUUCCACAAAAAAAUUACAUUUUCAUUCCGUGGUGUAGACCCAAGCAGAUGAACUAAAGGAACUGAAAAUGCCCUUAAAAUCUAAAGCACAUUAGAUGUAAAUAUAGCAAUACUUUAAAACCUUUUUUUCAAGAUUGAAUUGAAUCGAUCUGCGUUUUUACACUGUAUAAAGAUGAAUGGUGGUCUCUGUCAACAUGAUACAGAAUUGUAGAGCAAAUAAGAGGAUUUCCAGUCAACAUUUAUUCAAGAGUCAGUGAGGAACAGAGAGGCUUUGGUGAUAUUGAAGCUUCUUAUUAACUGCAUCAGGCAUAUUCCAGAAAAUGGUACAAGGGUGCAAAUUAUGGUGUUACAGCUAGCCUCGAUACAUAACAAACUUCAAAUAGACCAUCAAACCCAACAUUUUUGUAUGACUAAAUAAAGAUGAGUCAUGGAAACUUGAGUAGCAGUGGAGCUUUUGUAGCUGAAGCAAUGAGCUCAGGUGCCUCUAGUCAGCCAAUCAGCUGAUCUCUUCUCCCAAUACCUUUACUCAAACAAUUAGGGCAGAGAUGGGCUGCAGGGUUCUGAUAGAUGGCUUUAUUUGGUUCAAGAAAAAGAGAGAGCUGCUGAUGAACCACAGCAAAACAAUGCCUUUACCGUUGUAACACCGAUGGUUAGUUGAUUAGACACAGUGGUUUGGAUAACCCGUGGCCUUUUCAUGCUUCUACUACUCCUUUAACUCCAUGCAAUAUACCAUUGUUACAUUGUUUGGCGCAUGCACACUGAGCACUCCGCAAGACCAUCAUGCAGAAUGCCGCAGGGAGCAGAGCUUUUUAAUGCGGGCAUGCAUCCUCAGUGCAGUAAAUGGACAUGACUGAAUCUAUGGACAACACUGCGACAACUGCCAAUUGAUUUGACACAGUUGUGACCCUUACAAAGGUUUCCACUGGGGUUGGUGAGUGUCGCAAUGCAAUUCACUGCCAGAACAGUAGGGGGCACAACAUUUUUCAUGAAGACUGGCCUACUAUCUAAUUAGUUAGUGGACCAGUGACAGUGAAUGCGGUCUCUGUCGUCUUAACAUGUAGUUACAGUUUUUGGGAGGUGCAUGUCAGGUUAAGUGGAGAGGCUCAGAGGGAGUUUGCAACGACACAGACGGCUCUGCGUGGCUAUGGAGUUACGAAUAUGGAGUAGCAUAUAAAUUGGGCUUAACUUUAAUUAAGUAAAUUGUGCACAUGCAGCUUUGGUGAGAAAACCAUGCUGUUCACAGUGACGUUACUGCAAGCGGUUGUGAUGUGGCACCUGAAAGCCUUGUUUUUUAAACUGAACUACACAAGUUGUUGCCCGUCACAUCAUAAAUGUUCUGAACCAGAUUUUUCACUUCCUGUACCUGGUUUCAUAAAGUAGUCUAAUGUUGUUUAGUGGACUAAAUUCACUUAGCCGACUCAUCUUUUAACAUUAGUCAUUUCACAAAGCUAAAGUUUUGCGUUACCUGACUAAAGUUUUUAGCAUGCUACAGGGGAGGCUAAUAUUAUUAUAGUCAACAAAACUUCAGUGUCUUACCUCAAAAAAGGCAGCUAUCAUGUACCACCACUUGAUGGAGGAGGAAGAAAGGAGAGACUUGCGCUGGGAGCGGGUGUUCCAGGACCGGAACACCCGCUGGAGAUGUUUACAGACACCGAGGCCGGGAGUGCUUCUCCUCUGCUGCGGUGGACUGACUAUGUUUGUAGCAGAUGGACCAACCCGAAAAUAAACAGAAACUGUCACGCAUUGGAGGCGUUUCUUGGCAACGGCACUCGUGAGGCCACUACGACCGUAAAAAUCAUUGACUAAUGUAAGACAGCUAAUCUAUAGGUUUAGCCAUCAAUAUAAAACGGAGAUAGACGGAUAAUGUUGGGUGACUGACUGUAGUCAACUAAGUAAGCUUCGUAGACUAAAAGAUUAGACUGCUUUCCGAAACCGGGCUGAGGUCUGUAUUUUGCAUCUUGACUGCCAACACACGUUUGCGAGUUAUUACCUGAGCCCGCAUUAUUAGUAAAUGGAAUCUGCAUUCGAUGUGUUUAAAA